AUGUCUUCGUUAUCUGACAACGUGUAUAAUAGGACUGCACUAGAUUCCUCCUUUCAAGCAUGUGGAAUAUCUUAUAGGCACAGGUAUUAUCUUAUGGACUGGAUCGAUCCAGAGCAUGCUUGUUUCAUGAAGUCACUUUCUUGUCCAAAUGAUCGCAAAGGGCUGAAGUUUAAGAGAGAUCAAGAGAAGGCAAGAAAGGAUGUUCAACGAGCAUUCGGUGCUCUGAAAAAACGUUGGCAUAUUCUUAAAUAUCUUGCACCUUAUGUGAAUAAAAUGAGUGAGGUGAUGUAUACUUGUAUCAUAUUGAAUAAUAUGAUUCUCGAAGACGAAGGGAAUGCAAUAUGUGAGUAUAAGGAAAACGGGAUCAUUCCACUGAAAAAAUCUUUUGAGGUUGGAAGUGAGGAGUACUUGGAGAGAAGAGAUAUAAUUCAUGAUGUUGAGACACAUCAUGUUCUUCGUAGAGACUUGACGAAGUGGGACUCUUUGCUCUCUGACUACAAGAAAGUCAAACACUCUAGAUCAAAAAGGGUGAGUUUCAAUUCGGAGUUGUUUAAGGUGAUAGAAUGGUACGUGAGAGACUACGAAGUUGGAUGUGAUACGGAUCCCGAUAGUGAUCCUGAGGCGCUGCCGGAGCCUGUAUUUGCUUCCUUUCUACAAUCUGGUAGCAUCAAAGACACAAAGAUCAAAGAUAAUACCUCAAAAACGCACCAUAGAAGAGACACCAAAGCCAAAGAGACCCAUCAAAAAUGAAGAGAUGAGGGCGUACCAGUGAAGCAAGCCAAAGAAAGAUGGUGAACGAAGGCGAUGAAGGAAGCCGGUGGCAACGACAUCGGUGGAGCGAAGCGGGCGAUGGUCGAAACAAAGGUCGUAUACGAUGCAUGAGUAGUGGUAUAUAUUAUGUGAUACAUGGGAAAGCUGAUAAAGUGUAAAAUAUAAAAAGUGUAUAAUUGUCCAUUUUGGUAAAAUUGUUAUGAAUGACAAAAAAUCGUUGUGUACGAAUCAGCUCCCUUAUGUUAAUCGGAUUUAUCAUGUAUUUAUGAUCUUAACUAGAGUACUUUUAACCAUACCAA